ACGAUCGUUAUGCAAAUUACUACACAAGAAAAAGAACCAACCAUUAUGUUAACCAAGAACUCUAUCUUUUACGCUGUAGUUCUUAUACAAGGCACAAUAUUGCUGUUACUUGUUCUGUCACAGGUUAUACCAUUUGAUGUCGACAACUAUUCUUAUGGCUGGUUUUAUAAUUCCAACCAAGACAUGACUAUAACCAAGGAAAACAAAACAUACAUAUGUAUUCCCAUCAAACCUAAAGUAACACCAGGAGCUAAAAUCUUCCUCAUGAUUAUCGUCACAAGUCGAUCACUUAACGAAGACAGUAGAGAGGCUAUAAGAGAGACUUGGGCUAAAUCCCUAAAGCAAGAAUCAAGCAUUCAUCUUGUAUUCGUUAUCGGUUGCACCAGAAGUAUCCAUUUAGAUCGUGAUGUCAACAGAGAAGCAAGACAAUACCCGGAUAUUCURCGAGUUCCUUUCAAUGAAGACGAGAAAAGAUAUGGCAUACGAAGCUUGCUUCACGCUUAUCGAAUUGCAGUUGAAUUUCAGCCUAAAUUCAUGAUAAAAGUACAACACGACGUGUACAUACAUUUAYCCAAACUAUUACCAUGGUUGAAUUCAUUAGAAAUCACAUCUUCGCUCUACGCUGGCAGAGUGCAUAGAAAAGUUGAAGUUUCUCGUGAUUUGCAAAGUAAAUGGUACCUAAGUGAACAAGAAUACCCCGAAAAAACAUUCCCAGAUUACUGCUCUGGAGCAUUUUACAUCCUUUCAAGGGAUUUACUGACCAAAAUUAUACGAACAGAARAUAUUCUGCCCAGGUUUGACAUUGAAGAUGUUUAUAUUGGAGUUAUUGUUAGUAGGCUUCAAGCAGAACCGACUGACAUUAGCCAUAGUGUCACACAUAUCUCUCCCARCACUCCAUAUGAAAUACAGUCCUGGAAGAAUGACAUGUUCCAGGAGCUUUUUGCUAUUGGGUAUAAUUUACCACCAAAUAUGAUGCAGUUUAUUUACGAUAGACAUAAACGAAUUGUUAAUCCUAAGGAUGCAUUAGACUAGAACUCACUUCACUCACUUAUACAUAAUAAAGAGGGUAAAGAUUAUAGCUAUUGCCAUUCUCCUCACGGACAAAGACACCACUAGAUACCAGUCCGAUACGCGUGCUUACUUCAGUGUGACUUCAACACUGAUCUAAAACGCAACCCUUUGAAUUUCUUGGAGAAAAGACCGCAAAAUUACGUUCUGAGAUAAAUUGUGCAAUCUGAGCAUGAAUGAACGCUUGUCAUCCCAAAUUGGUUAAGUAAAGUACUAACCCUGA